AUGAAUGAAGUAGUAGUAGGCAACAGCACAUUGGUUAAUGGGCAUUUCUUAGGUAGCAUAGAGGAUAUCAUUCAAUGCUCAAACAAGGAUCAAAUAACGUCAAUCCACUUUGAAUACUCAUCAGGUGUAUUGUGUUAUGAAGACAGCGAUAAUGAAGAGGAUGCGGACAAGGGCGAAGAAGAGCUUAGAGAUGAUAAGAUCAUUCAAUUGACUAAACUAUUAAACGAUGGUGAUUGGGCAAAGGGACUCGACCGUCUUGAAGCACUCACCAUCGAGAUGGCUGACAGCGAGCUAGAGAUCGUCAAAGCACUGCUCUCAAACAGGUUGACCAAUCUACGAUCACUCUCAUUCAAACAAGCUUGGCAUGAUUAUGAUUUAGGAUUCUUAGCGUACUUCACCAACUUUCCCGAGGAGUUGCUGUCGCUCAUUCGAACGAAUAUGCCUGGGCUUCAGUCGCUCACACUUGACCUUAGUGAAUGCUCCACACUCCAAAUGUCCGAGUUCAAGUCAGACCUGAAGCGAGACUCGCUCAAUCAGGCAUUGAUCAAACAUAUCAUGUUGUGCCCGCAACUCAAGUCCUUGUCAUUGAUUCACCAUUCACCGAGCAAAUCUGACAUCACAUUGUUGAGGUAA